AUGGAUUCUAAUUCUCUAAAUCAAGCCGUUGAUAUAAAUGAUGUAGAUGAAGAUGUUUUAAUGGCUGCAAGAAUUCUUUAUGAAAUGCGGUACAAAAACAGUAAUGGAACCACUCACUCUGGAUACCACAAUUAUGCUGCUCCAAAGCCUAACAAUACCUACUCUGGUAACCACACUAACGCUGCUGCACAACCUAGCCGUGCCACAUACUCAGGUGACCACACUUACGCUGCUGCACAACCUAGCCGUGCCACAUACUCAGGUGACCACACUUACGCUGCUGCACAACCUAGCCGUGCCACAUACUCUGGUGACCACACUUACGCUGCUGCACAACCUAGCCGUGCCAUAUACUCAGGUGACCACACUUACGCUGCUGCACAACCUAGCCGUGCCACAUACUCAGGUGACCACACUUACGCUGCUGCACAACCUAGCCGUGCCACAUACUCUGGUAACCACACUAACGCUGCUGCACAACCUAGCCGUGCCACAUACUCUGGUGACCACACUUACGCUGCUGCACAACCUAGCCGUGCCACAUACUCUGGUGACCACACUUACGCUGCUGCACAACCUAGCCGUGCCACAUACUCUGGUGACCACACUUACGCUGCUGCACAACCUAGCCGUGCCACAUACUCUGGUGACCACACUUACGCUGCUGCACAACCUAGCCGUGCCACAUACUCUGGUGACCACACUUACGCUGCUGCACAACCUAGCCGUGCCAUAUACUCUGGUGACCACACUUACGCUGCUGCACAACCUAGCCGUGCCACAUACUCUGGUGACCACACUUACGCUGCUGCACAACCUAGCCGUGCCACAUACUCUGGUGACCACACUUACGCUGCUGCACAACCUAGCCGUGCCGCAUAUCCUGGUGACCACACUUACUUUGCUACACAACCUAGCCGUGCCACAUACCUCUGUGAUAAGUGUUUUGAUACUCUGAGAGCUCGUUGCGGCCACCAGAGAAUCCAUAGAGGCAAGAAUGACACAUCUGCUAACAUUGCUAAAAAGGUUAAGAAGGCAAAAACUCAGAAGAAAAAGUUAGAGAAAAAAAGUGUUGCUGUGAAUAAAGCAGAAAUUGUUGCUACCCAAACAAUAGUACAUAAACAGAUGGAUGGUGAAGGAAGCCCUAACGUUGAAGUUCAGACAGUGUUGGUGAACACUUGGCUGCAAAUAAUAAAAGUACUGGAAAUGCUGUUGCUAAUUUGUGUAAGUGAUCUCAUGGAGCAAACAUCACAGAGUGCUGAUGAUUCAUUUAACAAUGGUAUUGUUAUACUGAGUACAAUUUCUAAGGGGCAAAAGAGACAAUUGGAAGAAACAGAAAUAGAAAGUCAACCUAAAAGGACCAAUGUAAGUGAAGACGUUACCAUGGUUGCAAACAGUGAUGACACAUCUAAGUUGAUCUCAUUCAAGCAAGGAAUUAAACGAUGCAGAGAUGAAGAUGAUGAAUGUGAACCACCAGUCAAGAAAGCAAAUAUUGGUAACUCAGUUGGAGAGAAUUAA